UGAUGAUGAUUUGAGAAAUUAGGAAGAAGAGAAACGAAAUUUUCGAUUCAGACAAGGUUGAAUCACGACAUCUCACAAUUCCAUAGAAUCGAGAAAACAAAUGAGUUUCGAUAUUGAUGGUGGAGUGACUGAUAAAUCAUGUGAAGACGCUUCUCAAAAGAUAGUUAUUCAUGAUGAUGGAACUGUUGAGUUUGAUGAAGAGAAUCUAGUUGAAUGUAAAGUCACUGGAUUUGGUGAUGAAGAGGAGAAUGACGAUGUUUACCACCAAGAUGAUACACCUGUUAGUUCUGAUAUUGAAACAGAACAAUAUGAAAGGUGUAGUGGAGAGCUAAAACUAAAACAGGUGUUUGACACUUUGGAAGAGUUUAAAGAUGCUAUGGUGGAUUACGUGUUGAAUGGAGGAUGGAAUGUGAAAUAUUCGAGAUGGGGAAAAGAUAAAUCUGAGCUCAAGUGUGCGAUGAAAAGAGACUGCCCCUGGAGAAUUUAUUGUUCUUUCGAAGAACCGGUUGGGAAGUGGAUGAUAAAAGUGUAUCACGACGAGCAUCGUUGUGAAAGGAACGGGUAUAGCAAGCUACUGACUCAAGCGGUAAUUGCUAGGCUUUUUCUAAAUGAUAUUAGGAGUAAUCCUAAGUUCAAACCAAAAGUGAUUCAAGAACAUAUCCAGCAACGUUGGAAUUUGACUGUAUCACGUGACCAAUGUCGGAAGGCAAAAGCAGCAGCGUUGGAGAUCAUCCAAAAAGAAAAUAUUGAACAACGUUCAAGGCCACAACAAGACUAUCAGUUUGAGAAUAUGGAUUCGAACCCUGAUUCUUCGGUGGAGUUUCAUGAGGAGAGAAGUAAGAAUCCUAAAAGAAAACUGGUUGUGGAUGAGUCUUCAGAGAAGAAACACAAAGUUAGCAGAGAGGGAAGGAUUGUUCGUUGUGGCAGAUGUGGUAUAAUUGGACACAACACGAGGAAGUGUGGUAAUGUAGGGGUGGAGUAUAUAAGACCGAAGAAUAGGAACACAUUGGAAUUGGAUGAAGGAUCGGAGUCCAUGGCUCUGGACAACAUUGAAGGACCAAGUCAGUCUACAUAGAAUUUGGUUAUUAAGUAGCUUUUGGAUGUUUUAUAUGAUGUGGACAUCUUUUGCUUUGUCUCAGUUAUUAUUACUUUGCUUACUAAGUGGAAGUGGUGAUAUUACUUUAAGCCUUUCAAAGGAAUAGGGUUUUAAUUA